UUCGAGUCACUACAUGCAGUCUACACGAAUAAAUUUACACACGAUAUUAGUACUAGCUCACGUAACACUUAUAUUAUAUAGCAACUCUUGUUUUGAUUGAGGCCCGACGUGUUUACAGCGUUGGUAAGAGUCAUUUCCGUGAUAAACACAUGUAAAUCGGACGUAUACUCGAGUUAGUGACUCGACAGUGUUCAUAUUAUAUGAAAGUUUAAUGAGACUGGACGGCAACCAGGGAAAUUUUUAACUCGGAAAUUCCACACAGGUGUAUCUCUGAGGCGGAGAUGAACUGAUUCUUCUGUACAGGUGAUAUAGAGCUUCCUUUAAAGAUAUGGCGUACCGUCAUACCCGCCCUCGGGCCCCCAUAGCAGCCAGCUUCUCGGGUCCCGGGCCCGUUUACGGAUUACCUGGUCUAGUGGGGCAGAAAUCUCACGACCCACGGAGUGUUCAUGUGAUGAAGCCUGCCCAUACCUUUGGUCAUCGCGUCGGACGGAACCAAAAGGACCGAAGUCCUGGUCCGAGUAAGUACUUUCCCAAUUCCAAGCUGUAUAGGACAGGGAUUGAUGGUACGCCCAAGUAUUCGAUAAGUGGGCGUCACCCUUCAAAGUCCAAACAUGGCAGCCCUGGCCCAGGGGCGUACAACACCGAAAAGUCGCACUCUAACCCUAGGAAUGCCUUCAGCUUUGGGGGUCGCCAUCGAAGCAGGAAAUCCGGACGAACACCCGCGCCAAAUUGUUAUAAAGUGCCGGGUGGUAUUGGUAAAACAGUACAGAGUGGUAAGAGACAAGCUCCUAUGUACAGUUUAGGCACCAGACGAGCACUGACAGCAAGUAAUAGCAAAUCCCCGGGCCCAGGGACAUAUGGGGUCAUCAAGUCUGAAGUCUACAACCCAAGACCCCCAGCAUACAGCAUUCGACCUAGGUGUGGGAGCAUACAGGACAAGUCUCGAAAUCCCGGCCCUGCAGCAUACCAACCAAACAGACAGUCCCGGGGGUCGGGAUGUAGUUUUGGUAUGCGCCACUCGAACUAUACAACACUUCUCAUUGCGGGCUAAGAGCAGGUAUC